UAAAUACUUUAUAAACACAAAUUAUAAAUGACAUUAGCCUCGAAUAUUUUUUUCAAAAAAUAAUCAUUUCGAUAUAAAAUUAAUGGGCGGACUAAAAUUAACGUGAUACCGGUCCCAAACGUACCGGCAUAUGUGAGACUGCUAGUGCUAGAGAGUCACCAGUGUGACCAGUACCACCACCCCACCACUCCACCAGUGACCAGCGGCAGCCAGUAGUCACUACUCACAGUCUCACUUCACUUCACUAGUGAUAGUCAGUACUCAGUACUCAGCAGUCACUCAGGUCAGUCAGUCUCACUCUCAACCCUCACAUUAGAUCACACAGCUCAGUAGUCAGUAUGGUGGGAAGCUUUGCUAGAAGAAAUAAUAUAAUUCAAGAUUAACAAAUAUCAGAAUAAUCAAACAGAGAUUUAGCGAACAAAAAAGAAUUAGUUCAACUAGAUCUACCUAUUUGAACUACUGCUGCCAUAAACAUUUGAAAAAGUGGUUCAACUAAGCAUACCUGUAGUACAACCAGCUAUCUUUUCUCUAACUCCGACCUCAGGGAGCUCACAGCGCUAAAAUGAAGAAAUACUCCUGUUCUAUCUGCAACAAACAAGUAGGGAAUCUGAAGACUCACAUGAGAACCCAUACACUGGAGAAACCCUACCCUUGUGAUCAGUGUGAGAAAAGGUGCGAUCAACUAUCUAAUUUAAAAACGCAUAUUCAUCUAGUGCAUGGAGACACAAAUGAGCGCCCGUAUAAGUGUGACAUCUGUGGGAAUUCGUUCAGAAUGAAGAAUACUCUAAAACUUCACAUAAAAACCCACAUACAAGAGAAAAGCUUUAGCUGUAUGGAAUGUGAUAAAGAGUUUCGAACCGAAUCAAAUCUUAAGAAUCACAUGACCACCCAUUUAGGUGAAAAGAGUCAUAAAUGUGAGACAUGCGGAAAAUCAUUUGCAAGAAAUGACACUUUGACCAUGCAUGUUAGAACACACACCGGAGAAAAACCGUAUCACUGUGAUAUUUGUGAUACAAAUUUCAGCACUAACAGUUAUCUCAUUGUUCAUAAAAGAACCCACAAUAAUACCAGGCUAUACAAAUGUGAUAUCUGCCAAAAAGAAUUUACGCAGAGCAGUCACUUACAUACUCACAUGAAAGGUGUUCACCUGCAGCUUAAACCAUUUCCAUGUAGCGUCUGCCAAAAGGGGUUUACCUCAUUAUCUAUAGUAAAGAAUCACAUGAAAUCCCAUACUGGAGAAACAUCUUGUGAAUGUGCUCUGUGCGGAAAAUCGUUUGCUCGGGUUCGAUCAUUGAAGAACCACAUAAGUUCAGUACACGAAGGCAGGAAGGAUUUCAAAUGUAAUAUCUGUGAGAAACUGUUUUGCCGACAGGAUGUUUUGGCAGCACAUGCAAGAAUUCACACAGGAGAACUUCCCUAUGGAUGUAAACAAUGUGGAGAAAGGUUUAGAAGACUGGACUACUUAAAAGAGCAUAGUGAAAUCCAUGUAAUAGUAAAAAAAGAAAGUUAAAUUUCAUUAUUUUCGAAUAAAUAUUUUUUUCUGUUA